UUUAUACAUCCCAGAAAGAGAUGUAACAAUUGAUGAAAGCCUAAUGCUCUAUAAAGGUCGUUUAGGAUGGGUGCAAUAUAUUCCACUAAAAAGAGCUAGGUUUGGGAUAAAAUUAUAUUUAUUGUGCGAAUCUAAAAGUGGCUAUCUUUUUUCAUUUAUAAUAUAUACAGGAAAAGGCACAAUAAUAGAUGUGAAAUAUAAAGACAUGCCCGUUACGUCUCAAAUUGUCGUGUCGUUGCUCGAACCACUUUUGAACCAAGGCUACUGUCUCACCACAGAUAACUAUUAUACAUCACCACAAUUGGCAGAUUUUUUAGUAAAAAAUAAAACCGACACCUAUGGUACCGGCGAGAUGGUAGCUGCUCAACGUGGAAAAGUGAUGGUAAUGAAGUGGCAAGACAAAAGAGACAUCUGUUUGUUAUCCACGGUGCAUAAUACAGAGAAAGCAGCAACAAGCAAAGCAGAUAAAGAUGGUAAUGUUAUAUCUAAGCCAAAAUUGGUGAUAGACUAUAACGACACAAUGGGAGGCGUUGAUCGUUUGGAUCAACAUUUACAUGAUUAUCCUAUUAUUAGGAAGAGGGGUAAAAAAUAUUAUAAAAAAAUAUUUUUUCAUUUACUCCACAUUAGUAUUUGGAACGCGUACGUUUUGUAUAAAAAAAAUAGAGGCGAGAAAUCUAAUUUUGAAUUUAGGAGCAAGCUGGUCGAAAGCCUUAUUCAAAACUACCAUAGCGAAAUAAAUAUAAAAAAACGACGUCUAACAGAACGUCACUUUCCCAGUAUUAUUCCGCCAACACCAAAAAAAGAAAGUCCCUCAAGAUGUUGUGCUAUGUGUUCUUCAAAAAGAGAUAGUAAAG